CGCUGUCAAUCCGGAGACGGGAGCCGUUUCUGCCCCUGGCCGAGGCUGGGCGCGCUUUUGGUGGGACGUGCUGCGGGGAGGAGGAGGAGGAGGAGGGGAGCCUGCCUUCGCCAGCUAAGAUGCCCGUGGACCUUUCGGCCUGGGGAGGGCCCUUGAGCCUCCCCGAGGUGGAGGAGAAGCCCGACUACCCCUUGCGGGUCCGCUAUGGCACGGUGGAGAUCGACGAGCUGGGCAAAGUGCUGACCCCGACCCAGGUGAAGAAUCGCCCAACGAGCAUUGAAUGGGAAACCUGUGAUCCAGAGAAAUUCUAUAGUUUGGUUCUUACUGACCCUGAUGCCCCUAGCAGGAAAAAUCCCAAAUUCAGGGAGUGGCACCACUUCCUUGUGGCCAACAUGAAGGGUAAUGACAUCAAUAGUGGUUGUGUCCUGUCAGACUACAUUGGAUCUGCUCCUCCGAAAGGGUCAGGGCUCCAUCGCUACGUGUGGCUGGUCUAUCAGCAGCCCCAGGAACUGAACUGCAAUGAGCCUACCCUCAGCAACCGUUCGGCGGAUCAGCGCAGCAAUUUCCAUGUGUCUUAUUUCCGCAAGAAGUAUAAGCUGGGAACCCCUGUGGCAGGCACUUGCUACCAGGCUGAGUGGGAUGAUUAUGUCCCAAAGGUCUAUGAGCAGUUAUCUGGAAAGUAAAGCUGGCCUCUUGCCCUGUUCCAAUGCACGCUUUUCUGUACCACCCCUUACCUUUAGUGUUGCAUAAAUUACUGGGAUGAUACUGGAAAUCCCAUACUGCUCCUGAUGCUUGUGUGGGAGCAUGCACUUUCAUUUUGCUUGGUUAGUUGGUAAUGUAUUAAUGUAAUCUGUUUUAACAAGUUAAGUCUGUGUGGCCUUCAAGAUAAUGAUGGACUGCACCAUCCCUCAGAAACAACCUGAUGCAGCCCAGCAGCCUCUGAAGGGCCACAUGUGGGUCUACAGCCUCUUUCUCUUUCAUGGCUCUGCUCAUAAGCUCAGAAAGCCCUGGGGGUAUUUUAGUGGGAAGGGAGGCACAAAGUAUACUGGCCCUCUGUGUUUCUGAUGUGUUUAAAUAUGAUAGUGAGCCUCCCUUUAGACAGUAUUGGGGUUGCUCUUUUGAUUGCUUUUGCCUGUCAUCUUUUCUCAUUAAGUUCCUCUUAUCUUUCAUUGCCUUCAUGUUUUAGCAAGAUGUUAAUAGUACUUGCAACCUUUUAAAAGCUGUUUUUUAUUGUUGGGUUCUUGUCCCCUCCCUCUACCAGUAUAUUUUGCCAGUGUUACACAUGGAGAUGGAUCUGUCUUUCUCCCCACCAGUGUUGUUCUUAGGCAGGCUAUAGCAGAUGUUUUUAGAGAUUUAUUGGCUUGACUCACACAUUAACCAGUGUUGUAGCACUUCCUUGAUAAGGGGAGGGGCAAUAUGUGUAUCUGCUCUUGUUUCUGUUUGGAACUCAAUAAAAAGUUUAGAAUUGA